AAAGGAAUAGUAUCGUCAUGGGUCAUCAAGAAAUCGGCAGCAUUACCGCCGUGGCCAUAGACAAAGAUAAGAACAGCCAACAGGCCGUGAAAUGGGCAGUGGAAAACCUGACCAUCAAAUCCCGCACCAUUAUCCUCGUCCAUGUCUUCCUCCAACAGAGCAUGCACUCACCGGAUCGGUGCCCAACAGCGCAUGAAAUGCACAGGUUUUUCCUUCCUUUCCGUGGUUUAUGUGCUCGAAGAGGGGUUGCAGCAAGAGAGGUGAUUUUGGUUGGGGUUGACGUUGCCAGCUUGCUGUCUGAGUAUAUAUGUGGGUGUUCCAUUGCCAACAUCGUGGUGGGAGCUUCAAACAGGGGCGUUUUGGCAAGAGCGUUUAAGAAUCCUGAUGUCCCGACCAUCUUAGGAAAAUCAGUUCCUGAUUUUUGUUCGGUGUAUGUAGUAUCCUCCAAGGGGAGAGUGCACAACAUAAGAACAGCUACUCGUCCUCCCUCGGGCAAUAAGUCCGGCCACCAUUCAUCUCUGUCAAGUCUGUCUUCACCUGAUACCCAUUUUUCUGGGGAUUACUGUAGCCAGGGGACUCGGAGAUCCAGUGCAGGCUCUAUGGAGUCCUCUGAUGGAGGCUGCCAGAAAGGGCGGGUUGAGAGGAUGGGCGGUGACCGAUGGGACGGUUUUCAAGGCUGCAAGACUCCUUUGCUGCCGCCAUCUGCCGCCAGCACCGUCAGCUACAGCAGUGAAUCUAUACCAAGGAGCGAAUGGGAGAGCAUGUCCAGCAUUAGCAGUGCAAGUUCUGCAAAGAGCAUCACUGACAAUAAUACCGCACAGACGUUAUUGAGGCAGCUUGGCAGCAGGAAUAUGUGUUCUCCAGAGGCAACGCCAAGAGGCCCAAAACCUACCAACCACUUCGGCAACAAGAAUCCUUCCCCUGCAAAAACUACGCAACAGAUGCUGCACGACAAGCAUAGCCAGCUAAAUCUCCGGGGUGGUUAUAGUGGAGAUACCUCAUUCUGUUCUGAAGCUGAAACUGAACUUUCAGGGCCAACGACUUGCUCCUCCAACGUGUCAUUUGGACAGUUUGAACAUUCUGUCAUUUCAGAUGCUACUUCUGGGAGCUCCAUCAUCUCUGCCAUAGGGGUGGAAGAAGAUGAUGAAUUGAUAAGACUAAGACAAGAAUUAAACAGGACCCUAGCAAAACUUAAUGAAGCUACCAAACAAGCAAAUGCUGCUAAACAGGCGGUAAGAGGAAUUGAUGAACGGAAGCCAGAAGAGAAGCACAGAUUAGAAGAUUCCAAGCAAGCCCAAGAGACUCCACUGCUCACUAUAAAAAGAGAGAAGCAUAAGAGCAAGAGUGAUUUUGGAGCAGAAAUGGAAUCCCAGAAGAAAAAGGACACAGAAUUUAAGCGUCAGCAGGAGGGAGUAGAUACAUUAGAACACAAGUUUCAGUAUAGAAGAUACACAAUUGAAGAGAUUGAAGUUGCAACAAAUUAUUUUGCAGAUUCAGGUAAGAUUGGUGAAGGUGGAUAUGGCCCGGUGUUCAGGGCCUUUAUGGACUGCAUGGAUGUUGCUAUUAAAGCUCUGAGGCCUGAUAUCCCACAAGGGCAUAAACAGUUUCAGCAAGAGAUUGAGAUUCUGAGCAGCUUAAGGCAUCCAAAUAUGGUUCUCUUGAUGGGUGCCUGCCACGAGUAUGGUUGCCUUGUCUAUGAAUACAUGGAUAAUGGCAGUUUAGAUGAUAGGCUCUAUUGCAAAAACAACACGCCUCCAAUACCAUGGAACAUCCGUUUCAAAAUAGCUGCUGAGAUAGCCACUGCCCUUCACUUCCUUCAUAAGACAAAACCAGCCCCCAUCGUGCAUCGUGAUAUCAAACCUGCAAACAUUCUCUUAGAUAGAAAUUAUGUAAGCAAGAUUGCAGAUGUGGGCUUGGCCAGGCUAGUUCCACCAUCUGUGGCUGAUUGUGUCACUCAGUAUCAAAUGACAGCAGCCGCUGGGACAUUCUGUUAUAUUGACCCUGAGUAUCAACAAACCGGGAAGUUGAGUACAAAAUCAGAUGUUUACUCACUUGGUGUAUUGUUGUUACAAAUUAUUACGGCUAGGCCUCCAAUAGGCCUGGCACACCAUGUUAAGAUGGCAAUGGAAGGAGGAAAUUUUGCAGAUAUACUUGAUCCGGCAGUGAAUGAUUGGCCUGUCCAGGAUGCUCUAUCCUAUGCAAAAUUGGCUGUGCAGUGUUGUGAAUUGAAGGGGAGUGAUAGACCAGAUCUCGGUUCAGUCAUAUUGCCUGAAUUGGAACGACUAAGAGACCUCAAAAUUUUCCAGAAACCUUACCAAUAAGCCAGGUAAGCACUAUCUACAUUAAACUCUUUUUUCUUCAAUCUUACGAGUCAUUCAAGGGUGCUAUCAAGAAGGAAGCUUUUGGUAGGUUGUUUUGUUGCCCUGCUGGUUGUAUAUAUAAUAUGCUGUGACCCAAAA